AUGUCUGGAUCCGGAAUGACAUAUGAUAAGUGUGUCGAAUGUGCACGACAACGAAAAGCAGUAGCAUGGUGUAGUGAUUGCGAUAUUGCAUUUUUAAAAGAUAAUUUUCGUAAUUGGUCUAGUGGAAACUCUAAAAUAGAUGAACUUAUCAAACAUACUCAGUUAAAUGCUAAAGAGACAGUAUGGAUGGAAGGCCCAAGAUGGAAUCUUGAUGAGGAAGCCGAAAUAUGGACUCGUACUGGUCCAAUUAAGGUUGCACUAAAGCGCUUAGAUAAUUCUCAAAAUAUGAGUCAGGAAUUUAUAAAUCAAAGAUAUACUGGAUUACAUGGACCUGCCGAUAAACAAAUAUCUACACAAAUUUACGGCGUAAUACCUUUUGUUGCACCAGAGGUCUUUGAUGGAAAUACGCCGACCAAAGAAUCAGAUAUCUAUAGUUUUGGUAUGAUCAUGUGGAUACUAUCAGCUGGGGUACGUCCUUAUUGUGAUAGACCUCAUGAUUCACAACUCGUUCAACAAAUUUGCUCAGGAUUAAGACCAAGUGUUAUUAGUGGGACCCCACUUGUUUUCUCUAAAUUAAUGCUACAAUGUUUAAAUGCUAGUCCGUCAAGUAGACCAACGGCAUCCCAUAUUUUCGAAUAUUUAGGAAAUUGGAUUUCCGAUUUAUCAAGCCAGUUUGAUGAUACUGAUAUUCCAUUCGUAAAUUUGGAAAAGUUAAGUCUUCAGUCCUCAUUAUGUCAUGAAAAUACCAUCUAUUAUAGCCGUCCAUUAAGUUCCAUCAUUAGUUCAUUACUCAAUAUUGAGUUAUAA